AUGGUCUGCUAAUACUACUACACUUAUAAAAAAUAUCACCGCUAUUAUGAGCGUGGCAUUACGUCACUUCCGCAAUACACUUCCUGUCAAAUAUGGCGGCGACCUUGUGUGCAAAAUUACUACCUAAAACAGGAUGGCUCCCCCUAACUCAGACCAUUCGGCAUGGCUCCAAGGCUGUCACCCGCCACAGAAAACCGAUGCACUUCCUUAAACAGAAGCUGAUGGCUGUGACAGAGUACAUUCCCCCAAAGCCGCCGGCUCCCCCCGGCGCGUACCCACCUGAAACAGUCGUGGUCCAGGAGCAGGAGAGUCACUUGAUAAAGUUGCUGAAGCAAGACCUGGAGGAGGUCUUCCGUGACUGCAAGAUGGUGGCUGUGGCACAGAAUAAUGGCUCCACCUCUGAUGACAUGAUGAUGCUCAAGAACAGGUUCCACAAGCAUGGCAUUAAGGUCAAGUUCUUCCCCAACCAGGUGAUGCGUUCCUUCCUCAGCGAGAGCAUUUACAGCAACUUGGCUCCCCUGUUCAUCGGACCCACCGUGCUGUUUGUCAGCAAAGAGCCUAAAGUGAAAGAAAUGCUGUCCACGCUGCGGGUCAGCCCGCAAAUGAUUCUACUAGGAGCGUGUGUGGAGAACACGCUGCUGAGUGCGCAGGGCGUGGCGAGCUACGCCAAGCUGCCGUCAGUCAGCGUGGUCCAGGGCGAGCUGGUGAGCGCCUUGAGCGUGAUGGUUUCGCAAACCAGCACCCUGCUGCGGCAGCACCCCACACACCUGACGGCGCUGUUGCAGCAGUAUGUAGCGCAGCAGGCUGAAGCCCAGGAAACCACGUGAGAUGACGUUGAAGGUCUCAAUUAUCAUUAUUUACAUUAAAGUUUUUUUGUGACUGUGA